AUGGUAGCACAAAACCAGCCGUUGGUUGGUGGACCACAACAAGGCAGUCCUCAACAAGGUGUACAGAACGUGAAUAUGCAGUCGCCGCUACAAUCCCCACUACACUAUCCUAUGCAAAGUUAUGGCCCUAUGCAGUCGCCAAUGGGUUCACCAAUGGGCUCGAGUCUGAUACUCGAUGAAAGAACAACGCCGAUGAUGGAGUUGAGUCCGCCAGGCAUGCAUGAUCCGUGCAGUGAGGCUGGUAGUCUGCCGAAUCUUCAGCAUCACGGGAUGACACCACAUCAACAACCUCCACCGUUCUAUCAUCAAACGGUAGGUCAACGUCAUAGCACAGGAGGCGCGCUUGUAGGUGCGCCACGGCUUGCACCAUCAACUCGGACGCCUGAAAGUCAAUCGGCUCCUACUUCACCGGCAAACAAUCUUGAUCCAUCGCAACAACUUCAGUGGCAUGGUACCAGAACGUUUUCAAACUCACCCGAGUCAUUAGACAUUCCUCGAUUAGUGCUGACGAAUCCCGAGGGAACGAAUGGUUCUCAUUUCGAGUGCUUCAACGAUCUGUCACAUAUCACCUUGGACGCGAACGAUAUGCAAAUGCUAUGCAAUGGCACUGGAAAUGGUAACCCGACUCAGCAGGUAUGA